UGGCCUUCUCCUACACCCCGAACACCUGAUACCCUAGACGAAACCCUGAAAUCCUUAUCAUGUCGAAGGAGGAUCAGAAACCAGCGACGCUAGGCAAAGAGGGGCCGUUUGUUGUGCCUCAGUUUACCGUGACAGACUACAGCAAAUUCUUUGCUGCAGGAGCACUAUGCUGCACAAUCACACAUGGAAUGAUGACGCCCAUCGACGUCGUCAAGACGCGCAUACAGAUUGAUCCUGCUUAUAAGAAGUUCAACCUCCUCUCCGGUGGUCGACAUGUAAUAGCAACAGAAGGCACUUCUGGUCUGCUGACAGGAUUCGGCCCAACAGCAGUGGGAUAUCUCGUUCAGGGAGGGGCUAAGUUUGCCGGCUAUGAAUAUUGGAAGAAGCAGUUUACACAGAUCGCUGGUGACCAAGAGACUGCCAUCCGCUACCGCACCGCGAUAUACCUGGGCGCCUCAAGCGUGGCAGAAUUCUUCGCCGACAUCCUCCUGACACCGCUCGAAGCAACUCGCAUCCGGUUAGUCUCGCAGCGUGGCUACGCCAACGGGCUCGUAACUGGUUUCACACGGCUCGCGCGCGAAGAGGGGCUGCGUGGACUGUAUGCGGGCUUCCUGCCUAUACUUUGCAAACAAAUCCCGUACGCCAUCGGCCAAUUCACAGUGAACGAGUUCUGCCACGAACUUGCCUUCCGGAACAUGUCCGAAGAGACGCGGCGCAACCUCGGCGGCGGCGCCAAAUUCAGCAUCAGCCUCGGCAGUGGCAUUAUCGCGGGCUUCGCCGCCGCGAUCCUCAGCCAGCCCGCAGACACGCUCUUGUCGCAGAUCAACAAGGGCCAUGGUCCGACGGGCUCCAUGCCCCACCGCCUCAAGGUCCUCGCCCAGGAGGCGGGCUUCAAGGGUCUGUUCGCCGGCCUGGGUCCAAGGAUGAUCAUGACCGCGGGUUUGGUAGCGGGACAGUUCCUGAUGUAUGGAAUGAUCAAGGAUGCGCUUGGUGCACCACCGGGCUUGGAAAUUCAUAAGGAAGACAACGCUGCGAAGUGAUUGACUCUUAGAUCACGCUGUGUGUAGACCCUGUUUUAUUAUCGAUGGAGCGCGUUCCACUAGAAAGCUGGAAUUGUCUCAGCGCGGCU